GCUACGAGCGCUCUCUCUCUCUCUCCUCUCUCUCUCUCUCUCUCUCUCUCUCUAGUUGGAAUCUGCCUUGGUUAUAUUCAUUUCAUUACAAUUACAAAUAAAUUCAAGGCGAUAAUAAGAGAGAACGAAACUGUCUCUUCCUCUUGUUUCCCAAAAUCCCAUGCGUUUCUUCCUCUUUUAGCCUUUUUUACCCUUCUUCUCCCUCGCUCUGAAAACCCCGAGAAAAACAGCAGGAAGAGCGAAAGCCUCCAGAAAUGCAAUCAGGCUUCACAGGUGGAGCCGGAGCUGGCGGUGUACCUGAUUUCUACGCCGGCGGGCGAUCCAUCUCCAUCGCCACAGCCAUGAACAACCACCACCAGCACCCUUCUCAGCCUCCCUACCACCGAUCUUCACUCUCGGGCCUCUUCCUUGACAACCCCUCCUCCCAGAUCGCCCGCCAAACACAAUCCCAAUCCCAAUUCCAAACCCAAAACCCAUCAACUCUCAUCGGCAAGCGCACGCUCGCCGAGUUUCAAGCCCAUCAGCAGCAGCACCACUACCACAACCCUAACCAGAACCUCUAUUUACGCUCACUGAAACCCAGAACAUUCCAACACUCCUCUCCCAUAUCCCCUCUCUCUCCCAUAGACUUCUCCUCUUCAUCGACAAUUACUGGCUCUGACUCUUCGUCUUCGGCAUCGUCGCUAUUGUCUCACCAACGCUUCGGGUUGCCCCUUCUUCAGCAGCUCCGCCCUCAGCCCGUUCACCAGACGCUACCACCUGCCGGGUCCUUCGUCAACAACAACCCGGUUCAGAAUCAGACCCGGGUUGUCUCCGGUGUGGACUCCGAGAAGAAAAUGAUUAGCAACAGGCUGCAAGAGUUGGAAAAACAGCUCCUCGACGAUAACGACGAGGAGGACGAAGGCGACGCCGUUUCGGUCAUUACUAAAACCAGCAGCGAGUGGUCUGAGACGAUACAGAACCUGAUCGGUCCGGGUCCGGGUCAGAGCCAGAAGCCCGUUUCGCCCUCCCCCACUUCGUCAUCGUCUUCUUCGUCCUCCGUGGCUUCCCCUGCUUCCUCCACGUGUUCCAAGCAGUCGCUUAUGGAGGCCGCUACGGCCAUUUCCGAAGGGAAAUCUGAGGCCGCGGCUGAGAUCCUCACGCGCCUGACGACGUCGCAGGUUCCGAAUCCUAGACCCAAUUCCGAGCAGAGGCUUCUCGAGGUCAUGACUUUAGCUUUGAAGUCCCGGGUCAACCCGGUCGAUAACCCGCCUCCGGUGACCGAGCUCUUUAGCCAGGAACACACCGGGUCGACUCAGUUGCUCUACGAGCUGUCCCCCUGUUUCAGGUUCGGGUUUAUGGCCGCUAACCUCGCAAUCCUGGAAGCGACGUUGACGGACAAAUCAGCGACCAAUAAGGUUCAUGUGAUUGACUUCGAUAUCGGGCAGGGCGGUCAGUACGUGCUCCUUCUCCAAGCGCUAGACGCGCGUCUGAAUGGGUUGCCCGCCACGGUGAAGAUCACCACCGUCGCAGAUAAUGGCGGGGAGGACAGGUUGACGAUGGUAAGACAGAAUCUGAGUAAAGUCGCUAAGCAACACGGUGUGGUCCUGGAAUUUAACAUAGUGAGCCAGAAACUCGCCGAGCUGAACCGUGAGUCACUAGGUUGCGAACCGGACGAGCCGAUCGCUGUGAAUUUCGCUUUCAAAUUGUACAGUAUGCCCGACGAGAGCGUGUCCACGGACAACCCCCGCGACGAGCUUCUGCGGCGCGUGAAGGGUCUGUCGCCGCGUGUGGUGACGCUGGUUGAGCAGGAGCUCAACACAAACACCGCCCCGUUCAUGGCGCGCGUUAAGGAGACGUGCGGGUAUUACGGGGCGCUGUUGGAAUCAAUCAAGUCGACGGAGGCGGGGGAUAACUCGGAGCGAGUGAAGGCGGAGGAGGCGCUGAGUCGGAAGCUGAUAAACUCGGUUGCUUGUGAAGGGAGGGAUCGGGUGGAAAGAUGUGAAGUGUUUGGGAAGUGGCGGGCCCGCAUGGGGAUGGCGGGGUUCGAGUUGAGGCCCAUGAGCCAAAACAUGACCGAGGUUUUGAAGCAGCGACUCAGUUCGGGUAAUAACCGAGUCAACUCGGGGUUCACGGUUAAAGAAGAGAAUGGAGGGGUUGGCUUUGGUUGGAUAAGCCGCACGCUCACCGUCGCAUCCGCCUGGCGUUAACUCAUUUUCUCUCCGUCUUUUUUGUUUUUUGUUUUUUGUUUUUAUAAUAAUUUUAAUUUUUCAUUUUCUGGCUAAUAUUAUUAAUUGUUAUGAAAAUACUCUUAUGAUUAUUAUAAUGUAGUAGGCAGUAGGCUGUAGGCUGUAAGCUGUAAGCUUUCCUGAUAAAAUGGAAAAGGCGGAGGAAGAAUGCCCCCACCAAACGAAAAGACAAUAAAAAUGAGAGAGGUGUUUGGAUUUCCCUGAAAA